CUCCUCCACCUACAUGAUGCUACAAUAGAAACCAACCUAAUAUCCAACAGAAGUACCAUCAACAUGCCCGUCGCUCCAGGACCUAGCCGGAGAUUUGUGGCCAUCCUCAUCACCGUCUCGGCCUUUCUCGCUUUCACAUUCGUCUUUUCCUUUCGGUCUCAAGAAGUCGGAGUCAGGCAUCCAUUAGCAGGAGGAUCGGGCGCGGUGCCAGCGGGAGUCGCUCCAGCAAGAAUCGAUCUACAAGACUCGACUCUCAAAGGACAUGUGAUUGCCCCCAAGCUCGGCAACGAGACAGCAAAAGCAGAACUCGGGCGCGCAGCAUGGAAGCUCUUUCACACGACAUUCGCCCGCUUCCCUGACAAACCUACCGCCGAAGAGAGCUCCGCUUUGAACGCAUACAUCCACUUGUUCCAGCGAUUAUACCCUUGCGGCGAAUGUGCAGGUCACUUCCGAACAAUCCUCGAUAAAUUCCCGCCACAAGUAUCAUCACGAUCAACAGCCGCAGCCUGGGGGUGCCAUGUCCACAACGAGGUCAACAAGUCGUUGAAGAAAGAGAUAUUUGAUUGUUCCAACAUCGGCGACUUUUACGACUGUGGAUGUGCAGAUGGAGAAGCACCGGAAGGAGGUGAAAAGAAAGAGACGACUCAGGCAAGGAAGAAGUUCGACCCACCGGAAGACGUUCCAUUAAAGCUGGAACAAGAAGGAUGGGGCCGGGGGGGAUAAGCCAGAGUGGUAUAAUUCCCUAUAUUCAGCUAGACAUUUACGAAUAAUCUUCAAUCCAAAGCCAUUGAGUAACUGAUCGAACCCAUUUCUUCUCCUUCCAGAGCAGAUUGACCGGGUACCCCACACGUUACAAAACGCAAGGGCAAGCCGAUCGGCGAAGAGCCGCGCUAGCUCCGCAUACCAAAAUACACU